AUAUGGCUAACAGCUGCUGAGGAACAUCAACGUUCUCUUUGAUGGCUCUGCCAACUCCAUGCUCUCAGAUGACAUGAUGAAACCUCCAAUCUCCUUCCCCAAUCUUAAAUCGACAUCAUCCUCAUCACAGGUGAAGCAGGAGGGUGAGAGGAGGGGUGACUCCAUCUCUGACUGCAGCGAGGAUGACGACGAACAAAAGGGAAGGACUGGAAGGAAACAUCAGUCUAAGAACCUGGUGGCUGAGAGGAAGAGAAGGAAGAUGCUCAGUGAAAGGCUCUAUGCCCUCCGCUCCCUCGUGCCCAAGAUCACCAAGAUGGAUAGGGCAUCCAUCUUGGGUGAUGCCAUAGAGUAUGUAAAGGAGCUGCAGAUGCUAGUGAAGGCACUACAGGAGGAGCUGGAUGAGACAACUGAGGAAGAGCACAACAACCAUGGCGGCUUUAGCGUCAUGGAGGAGCGGGUUGAGGAAUUCUCAUCCACUACUCAUCACCUGCUGCAUAUCCCCAACAUCAACAAUGACUCUUCCGAUGACAAGGCUCAGCAGCAGCAAAUGGAGAAAAGUAGUGGUGGUUUUGCGAGCCUAAUGUAGGCCAUGGAUGCCUUGGGCCUCGAAGUAAUCCAUGUUAAUAUCACUACUUACAUGAGCCUCGUUCUUAAUGUCUUCAAAGUCGAGAUGAGGGAUAACGAAGCUAUACAGGCAGAGCAUGUGAGGGAUUCACUUCUAGAGCUCACCCGCAAUCCCAAUGGUUGGCCUUCCCCUGUACCUAAAUUGCAGCAUGUCCACUUGCGGGAGCUCGCCACCAAUCGGCGCCGCCAACUUCUCCAGCACCCAUAUUUGAUACGGUUGUUUAAUAUACAAUGUUUUGAAUAUUUUUAGUCUAAGAUUUUUCUUCUUUCUUGAAAUUAACCAUAUUAAGCAGUUUUAAAUCACUCCCUUUUGUCUGAA